AUGCAUGUCGGACAAACAGCAGGGGAGAGAAAGCUGAACAUGUAUGAAUUCACCACGGCAGCACAGACCAUUGCUCGGGCUGUCCUGACUGCUGAUCCACAAGGGUCAGACGUGUGGUUACAGGAGACUGUGCGUCUCAGCUGUAAGGUAGAGGAUUCAGAUCCAUUCACCCGAUGGGAGUACUCCUGGAAGAAGUUAAGAGAAGCAGAAGAGACCAUACCCUACUCCUAUACUGGAGAAGGCUCUGCUGUUUACACCCUGAACCAGGUGGUGGAGUCCGACAGUGCCCAGUAUUACUGUGAAGCAAAGGCUGAAAAUCGCACGAUAAUCAGCACUCCGUAUACUCUGACAGUGACAUCUCCACCGCCUGCUGUGCUGACCCUGGAGCCUGCAUGGAUGACGUUCUACCCCUCUGAGAAAGUCACUCUGAAAUGUGACAUUCAGAGCCAGCAGACUGAGUGGAUCUAUCAGUGGUACAGAGACGGAGAGUCUCGUAACAGUGCAUCCUCCAGAAGCACAAAUGAGUUCACAAUCCCAGCUCUAGAUCUGUCACACAGGGGAAGAUACUACUGUAGAGGGGGAAUACCAGGAAGAGCUAUUUCCACUGAAAAGAGCAAAUAUGUGACACUGACUGUAGAUGCGCUCCCACCCGUGGUUCUGACUCUACAGACGAGUUGGACAAACUUCUUUAAUGGAGAGAGCGUGACUCUGCACUGUGACAUUCAGGAUGGCUCUCCUGUGUGGGUGUAUAAAUGGUACAGAGGUGAAAAAGAACUUCCUGUGGACACGACUAAGGACACCUAUGAGAUCCUGUCUGCUGAUCAGUCAGACUCAGGAACAUACACAUGUAAAGGACAGCAUAAAAAAAGAGUAUUGUAUACUGGCAGCAGCAAUACAAUUAAAGUGAAAGUUUCUGGGAACAAACCCAAACCACAGAUGUUCCUGGACUCCCCCAGUGGAGAGCUCUUCACAGCAGAUACAGUGACCCUGAGCUGUAGGGUUGGCACAGAUCCUGCUGGCUGGAAGUAUCUCUGGUACAGAGAAACACAGAGAGCACCACUAACCAGCACUGACUCCAGCAGCACUGACGGGUCCAGUUACACCAUUCGCCAUGCUGCUGAGUCACACAGGGGAGAGUACCGGUGUCGAGCAGGGAGAGGGAGAGGCCCUUUCUACACCCGAUAUAGUGACUCUUUCAAACUCAACAUUACUGCUCCACCGCCUGCUGUGCUGACCCUGGAGCCUGCAUGGAGGACGUUCUACCCCUCUGAGAAAGUCACUCUGAAAUGUGACAUUCAGAGCCAGCAGACUGAGUGGAUCUAUCAGUGGUACAGAGACGGAGAGUCUCGUAACAGUGCAUCCUCCAGAAGCACAAAUGAGUUCACAAUCCCAGCUCUAGAUCUGUCACACAGGGGAAGAUACUACUGUAGAGGGGGAAUACCAGGAAGAGCUGUUUCCACUGAAAAGAGCAAAUAUGUGACACUGACUGUAGAUGCGCUCCCACCCGUGGUUCUGACUCUACAGACGAGUUGGACAAACUUCUUUAAUGGAGAGAGCGUGACUCUGCACUGUGACAUUCAGGGAGGCUCUCCUGUGUGGGUGUAUAAAUGGUACAGAGGUGAAAAAGAACUUCCUGUGGACACGACUAAGGACACCUAUGAGAUCCUGUCUGCUGAUCAGUCAGACUCAGGAACAUACACAUGUAAAGGACAGCAUAAAAAAAGAGUAUUGUAUACUGGCAGCAGCAAAACAAUUAAAGUGAAAGUUUCUGGGAACAAACCCAAACCACAGAUGUUCCUGGACUCCCCCAGUGGAGAGCUGUUCACAGCAGAUACAGUGACCCUGAGCUGUAGGGUUGGCACAGAUCCUGCUGGCUGGAAGUAUCUCUGGUACAGAGAAACACAGAGAGCACCACUAACCAGCACUGACUCCAGCAGCACUGACGGGUCCAGUUACACCAUCCACCAUGCUGCUGAGUCACACAGGGGAGAGUACUGGUGUCGAGCAGGGAGAGGGAGAGGCCCUUUCCACACCCGAUAUAGUGACUCUUUCAAACUCAACAUUACUGCUCGUCCUCAUGCUGUGCUGACCCUGGAGACUCCAUGGACAGGGAUCUUCAGGACAGACAGUCUGACACUGAGGUGUGAGGUUAAUGGGAGCCCGGCUAAGUGGAACUACACGUGGUACAAAGAUGGACAGAGUCUUCUACAGGACCCCAGCAGAGACAGACUCAUACUAACCUCAGCAAACGACUCCUACAACAGCGAAUAUAGUUGUAGAGGAAACAGAACAGACAGGCCAUCUUACACAGAGAUCAGCGAAGGAUUUAGAGAACGCAACAUUGUUCUGAAGCGCAAGAUCCUGGUGUCUGUUGCCAGCUCAUUCUUACUGGGGAUUAUCCUGAUUAUACUGGGAUGUAUAUGCCUGAGAAUGAAAAUGAAGUCGAGGAAGUCAACUUACAAGACGACAGCACAAAGCAACAUGUUUUUCUCAAAACCACCCACAGACAUUUCAGCAAACCUGCAGAGUGACGUUGACGAUUUCACUGAUGUACAACAGUCCACUGGAGCAGAAGAUGAUGGCAGCAUUGAGCUUUACUCCAUUCUGAACCUGGAGAAGAGGAAGGAAGUAUUCCCAACAAAAAAGGAUCCGGAAGAAUUCACGUCAUUCAAAGCUGACCAGUGAAGGGAAAAACAUCUCAGUUGGGAACAUCGCAGAUGGGUGUGAUCGCAAAGGAAAGCGUGAGGAUUUUAUUUAAUGCAGGAGAACUUCAUCCCAUGGUUCGGAGAUGAAUGUAGGGAAAUGGUUGGCAUUUAUAUAGCGCCUUUAUCCAAAGCGCUGUACAAUUGAUGCUUCUCAUUCACCCAGUCAUACACACAUUCACACACCAACGGCGAUUGGCUGCCAUGCAAGGCACCGACCAGCUCGUCAGGAGCAAAUGGGGGUUGGGUGUCUUGCUCAGGGACACUUCGACACAGCUCGGGCGGGGGAUUGAACCAGCAACCCUCCGACUGCCAGACAACUGCUCUUACUGCCUGAGCCAUGUCGCCCCCAUGAAUAGCUUUAUCCAUUGCAUUACAUUAUUGGCAAGACAAUCCUCCCCUGGAGCAAUGCAGGGUUAAGGACCUUGCUCAAGGGCCCAACAGCUGUGCGGAUCUUAUUGUGGCUACACCAGGAUUAGAACCACCUUAACCACUAUGCUACAGGAUGCCCCUGUAUCCAAUGCACAUAUCAUGCAGUGCAUAGCUCACCUUUAGGUAGGAUACGUGUACUUGAUUUAUUUUCAUUCUUUUUGCUUCUUAGUGAAUAAAUGUGAAAUUAGAACAUUCAAGCUGUGACACAUUCCUUAGUUCUUUACAUUGUUUGAUUAUAUCCUUUUUUAAAUCUAUCUUUUUUAAAAUCUAUUUUAGUAUUCUUCACAAAAUGGCAUGAGAAAUCCAACAGGAAUUGGAAGACUUGGAGAUAUUUUGCUUAGCCAAAUCAUGUAAUGUUUUUGCUGAAGUAAUAUGCUUAUUAUGGUUUUAAUGGGAAUAUUGAUGAUCAUCUAGUGUCAGUUUUCAUGUACAAGCACACAAUAUUAAAUAAACUGCAUCGUGCAAGCCUGCAUUUCCUUCAGCGAACAAUAGGUGGUGCCACUAGUUUAGAACCAAAAAUCCAGUGAUUGGACUUUUUGUGCAUCAGAAAGCUUUUAUUUGGAAUGCUAUGAAAAGGGAAAAAUGAGAUUAACUAGGCUAUAAAGUUAAGAGUGAGACAGGGUUUGCUCACCAUCUCAAAUGUGAAAGACAUAUUUAUUAUUGUACCCAAAUGCUAUUAAUUGGUUUUUACUUUGGAUAAUUGAGACAUUUACUUAAUUUAGGUAGAAUGGAACACUUUGUAGUUCAUACAGCAGUUCAAUGUUAGCCAGAUAAGAAAAAAAAGAAAAAACUGCUAUUUUAUUUGUUUUCUCUGUUCAUUUAUUCUUUAUGCUUUUUUUUUUUCCUCAACAUUUCCUCUUGGGACCAAUUCUGUUCUGCUGAAGUAUGUAAGAAGUAAGAAGAAAUCUGAAUGUGUGUGUGAUGACAUUUCUGUACAGGGACUUCUGAUGAAUGGUCAUUGAUCAAAUGUCAAACAGGACUAUUAUUUAUGCAUCUUUGACGUGUGUUGUCUAUACUUUUUUUUAAUCAGACUGCUAGUGAAUUUGGCAAAAAUGUAUUUUGAUAUUUGUGGGUUUUUUUAUAAAUGUAUUUUGCUUAAAAUAAAUAUGGAUUGCAAUAAAAGUGUAUUUACAAAAA